AUGACUAGUGAAAUGUGGCCCCUAAGUUCCCAGGAGCCUAUACCUCACACUUGGGCUGCCGUCUGCUGUAUCAACACUCCUUUCGGUAUCACCGACCAAGAAGGGAACGUAGACAUUUGUAUUGACGUGUCUGAAUGUCUGUUCAAAAUGUUCUUUAUAUCUCGGUUCUAUGCUCUCGAUCUGGGUAAGUAUUGGCAGAGGCGGAGGUGCAAUACUGGGUUGGUGUAG